AUGUCCGUCGCGAUUUUUUCGGUAGCAACACACACACUCAGUCCAUCCUUUGGCAACCUUCGAUGGCUUGUCAUGUCCCCCCAUUCAACAGUCCCACUUCAUUCCGUCGACCUGGAAUCUAUGCAACAGGAGGAUGAGAAGGUGAGAGGAAACAGAGAUGGAAGGGCUGAGAGAGAGACGAGGGGUUAUUCCCGCCUUGCGGCUGCCAUGGGCCAGCAGCCAGACUUGGCGAUUUUCAUGCGCUUCAACGCGUUGUCGGCAGAGCUUCUUCUACACCGCCAAGCAGAAAUUGUAGCGCUAAGGGAUGAGCUGUGGGAGUGCCAGAAGAACGACAACUCUGCGGCUAAGGGAACCAACCGGAGCGAGUAUGCGCAUGAUUCGGCCACAUUGCAAGCGUCAAUCAAAUCGAAUGAUCCGGAAACAGACGACCCUCGGCAGUGGGAGAUAUUCCUGGAACUAAGAGGCAAAUUAAAGGAAUAUCAAGAGGCCUUGGUCGCACACAGACAGAUGGUUGAGUUUAGGCAACCCCAUCGUCGUCAAGUAGAGUCUCUUGUGGAAUGGAUGGACGAUCAAAAACGUGGAGACAUAUUUCUUCUUGGGAUUGACAGCGAUGUAUGGAAAACAACAGAGUUGGCUGACCUCGUGAACAUGGAACCCAGCUCACCUGACGGUUUUACAAACCGGUGGUCGCUUGGCUUUCUUUACUACUACGAUAAAGUCAUCGGACAUCGCAUCCAUGCUACUGACGAAGCUGAACAUUCGCGAAACGCUAUUGUAUACCAGAACCAACGUAUCAUGUCUGUCGCACGAACCUUCAAGACUAUCGUGGCUUGUAUGUUCCCGAUAGUCGCAAUUAUCACUCUUUACUUUAUCAAAACGUUGCCUGUGCGGUUGGGCGUCAUUGGGGGCUUCACCCUUUUUUUCGCCCUGGUGCUUGACAAGGCAACAUCUGCAAGCGUUAAAGAUAUCUUCAGCGCCACGGCCGCAUUCUCUGCAGUUCUGGUGGUGUUUGUUGGAACAACAAGUUGAAAGGCCCUGGUGUAAGAAUUGCAAUGCUGGAUAGGACUACGAUUUGGAUUUUAAACUGGUUCUCGGAGCGCUUCCGGUGUUGCGUUUGCAAAGGAAGCUUUUCUGGUAGAGGCCAUGACCAAAACCCCAUAAUGGCUCUCUGAUUGUAAUCCAGCUUCACUUUAGGGUCUUGCGAAUAUAUCUAUCCUCUGGUA